AUGCUGUUAAGAUACCUGCUCUUGACUGGCAUUCAAGUCGCGUCUUCUUCCUAUCUUCGACCCCAUCUCCCUCCGGUCCUUGCCCCAAUCGCUAUCACACUGCCCCCAUCUACCCACGCAACUCUUACGACGCUCUCACAAUCUUACUCAGCCCCUCUUCGUAUCCAUGGAGACUUCGAAUUUCACAAUGUUUCAUCAGGCUCUUAUCUCAUGGAGAUAUACUGUCAUAGUCACUUUUUCAUGCCAAUGCGAAUCGACGUAUCGGAGGAGGAAGUAGAAGUGCAGGUGUGGACUACGUUUCGAGGAAGUGACUGGGAGAAUAAGGGAGAAGCAAUUGUCGUGACCGCUGAAAAACGAGCGUCGGAUCAAGGAUAUUCAUUUCCUGUAAAGAUGUUAAGCAAAAAAGAAUACUUGGUUGAACGGCCUGGUUUUUCUCCUCUCAAUUUGUUGAAGAACCCAAUGCUCCUCAUGGCAGGCAUCACUAUGGCCAUUGUGUUCGGAAUGCCUUAUCUAAUGGAUAAUAUUGACCCAGAUAUAAAAGCCGAAUUUGAAGAGAGCCAAAAAAAAUCAGCCAUGAACCCGGCCACCGCAAACCCUCUCCAGAACUUUGAUGCCGCAUCUUGGUUAGCCGGGUCCAGUGGCGCUGCAUCUAAGGAACCUAAACUUAAUAAGGGUAUGAAAGGGGCAAUUAAAUAA